CAGGAUGCCUCGCGCUGCCUGAAGCUCCUCGGCGACGGCGCGGCCGGGAGCGGGAGGCCUGGCUGCGUCGGGCGGGCUGAGUGAGACCGUAAUCAGCGGCUCUGGCCCGACCAGGUCCCCGCGGCCGGGCCUGCGAGCGGACGGCGCGUAAUAGGGACCUCAGGGGCUUGGGGGUUGCAGGCUGUGUUCGGGUCAGGACGGGCUGGGCGCGCGGGGGCGACGCUUUGAGCACGCAGUGUCACGGACGAGGGACCUUGAGAAGGGCUCUGGCUUGGGUGGGCUCGGGGCUUAAAAAAAUGCCUGACGUGGACCUGGCCCAGUAGACGGGUUGACGCGACAAACCUCUCCUAGAAAAUUCCCGCCGCCUGGGAAGCUGGGACAGAAGCCUCCCGGUGCCCCUGUUAUGAGCAAAACGCGUUUGGACCUGUGGGUCCCUGAAGUUGCCACUGCAAGGAAACCGAAACACAAGCAUUCCAAGUGGCCUUUGUCCCAAACCCCUAUAUAUAAACGUGACAUUCUAAAACCAGGACAGGCCAACACCCGGGAAACAGACAUGACCGCCUCGGACUCCUUCUAACCUGGCGUGGCGAAGGUGGGUUUCCCUAAAGAGGAGCUGGAGGGAGACAGGGAAGAUGAACCUGCUGUGGGCAGAAUUCAGAUGAGCUGGACAGUGCUGUGAAGGACCUUCAAGCAGCCCCCAAGAUCCCUGAUAUGGCAUCCAAAACCAAGAAGGGACUGAAAGGCUCCAUCGAUGAAGUCCUUGGUGACCUCCUGGGAGAUGAUAUGGCACUACCUGACAAGCCUGUUGAACUAACUUCACAUACCAGAGGCUCCACACGUGCACCUCAGGGGCUCCCCUCUUCAAAGAGCAGAGCAAGGUCCCUCCUGGAAGACAAUAUUUUUGAUACCCUGGUAGAAGCUGAUGCUGAGAUUUCCGAUGUGUCAGAGGCAGACCCGCAGGCCUUGCUGCAGACCAUGAAGGAUCUAGAUGACAUGGACGCCGAUAUCCUGGGUUUGAAGAGGUCUCAUCUAGCCUCUGGCAAAACAUCUACCAAGGGUUCUGGGAAAGAGGAGCUGCCUAGCAAUCCCAGACCUGCCAGCAGGCUCACAGCUGGUGAGAAGGGGGACACAGUUGCCACCAAGCAUCCAACCACCUCUCCCAGCAGCUUUGGGCAUCAGUAUAGGAAGCUUUCCUUUGGAGACUUGGAAGACCCAUUGGCAGGACUUCUCUCUGAUGAGGAAGAAGACAUUGCCAAGAAGCCACCUGUGACAGAGAGUAAAACAGCUUCCAACAGAAGUCCCAUCCCAGUCAGAGAGCAAGGUCCCUGUGUUCCUCUAACUCCUGGGGACACUCCCAUCCGAAAGAAGGAAUUGCUGUUUGAUGAUGGGGACGACAUCAUGGCUACCCUGGGGUUCGGAGACAGCCCCAAGGGAGAGAAGAGACAGAUGGGUGACCAGGAAGGGCCCCGCCCUGCUCGCUCCAAGCUGGAUGACCUGCUGGGUCGAAGCACAGCCUCAAAACUCCUAGCUCAUCCGAGUCCCGGACAACACAGAGAGUUCAAACUAGACAAAAAAUAUCAGAAACCACAGGACAAAGAAGAAGAUAGCUGGGACAAUGAGGACCUCAUCUUUGGGGCCUACCAGCCCACUGUGGGCUCCUCCGAGGGUCCACAGUCUCGGCGACAGUCUGUCAGGGUCGUAGAAGGUGGCCCAGACCCCAAGGGAGAACCAGGCACCAAACAAAGUCCCCAAGCAGCUUCCAGCCCAAUCUCCCCCAGGAAGGGAGGAGCUGACUGGUUGGGCCUCAAGGAUGACGACUUGGACCUGCUGCCUCCCUCUCCCACCCGAGACUCCUGUUGGGGAGGCUUGGCAAUCUCCACACCUUCUGUACCUGGUCCUGUGAGCCAGCACUCAGCCCUAGACCCAAACUCUGCCCCAUCUGGGCUGCCCUCCUCAGGGUCAAAGCCACCAGCAGAGAAUACAGGGCCGUCUGCCCAAGCCAGCCAGUCCUCCAAGCUGCGAGAGUCUGAGGCGGGAGAGGAGGAGGAUUGGCUGAGCCAUGUCUUGUCUAGGAAGAAGUCCCAGGGUGUGGCCAGAGAGGAGCAUGCUGACACUUAUAAGGGUCCGAACUCAGUGGGAACAGCCAGCCAACCUGUCACCAGCACUCAGGGGCUUCAUCAGGCAGCUGUGGGAAGGACCUCAGGAGCAACAGAACAAGAAAUACCAGUUGCCAGGCCCCUCAUCACAGGGUCCCCUGAGAGUUGGAGCCAUUCUCUCUUGGCCCUCCCUGCAGGUGACCCAAAGAGAACAACAGCCUCUGGAGACCCCUAUGGCACCGAGCCUAUGGUUUGUUUCCCCAAAUCUCAGGAACCCACUGGGCUCUCUGUACCAGCCAAGCCACCUAUGAGGGGAAAGCCAGGAAGUCCAGUGAGCAGAGGGCCGGGAGGUAGCCAAGCUCAGCUCCUGACAUGGGACAGCUCUCAUCUUCCCCUGCAGUCCCUGUUCCCAGAGCCCCUGGAGCAGAGCCUGCUGCCAGGUGUGGGAUACCAGAAGCAGCUCCUGGCAGCCCAGGCGCAGCUUCAGAGUGGCACUGCCCAGCUCCAAGCAGAGCUGCUGCAGAGCCACACACGGCUGGCAGAGCUGGAGGUUCAGGUGCGGAAGCUGGAACUAGAGCGGACCCAGCACCAGCUGCUGCUGGAAAGUUUACAGCAGCGGCACCAGGCAGACCUGGAGCUCAUUGAGAAUGCACACAGAAGCCGCAUUAAGAUGCUAGAGACAUCAUACCAGCAACGGGAGGAGCGGCUCCGGAGAGAGAAUGAGGAGCUGUCAGCUCAGUAUCUCUCUCACUGCCACGAAGCUGAGCAGGCCCGAGCCGAGCUCUCCGCCCAGCACCAGCGGCGCUUGGCAGCAGCGGCACAAGAAAAAGACCAGGAGAUGGAGCGGCUUCGGGAGCUACAACGGGCAUCCAUCCUGGAAAUGCGCAAGGACCAUGAGGAGCAGCUGCAGCGACUGAAGUUGCUGAAGGACCGAGAGAUCGAUGCAGUUACCAGUGCCACCUCCCACACACGGUCCCUGAAUGGCAUCAUCGAGCAGAUGGAGAAGUUCUCCAGCAGCCUGAAUGAGCUGUCCUCCCGCGUGGAGGCCUCGCACCUCACCACCUCGCAGGAGCGGGUGCUGGGAAUCCGGCAUCAGGACGAGCAGCUGCGAGCACUGCAGGAGCGGCUGAACCGGCAGCAGCAGGACAUGGAGGAGGAGCGUGCUCGGCUACAAGAGGUCAUUGCGAAGAUGGAGGCCCGGCUAAGUGAGCAGAGCCGGCUGCUGGAGAAGGAACGCUGGCGUGUGAAUGCCGAACAGUCCAAGGCUGAGUCCACGCAGCGUGCUCUGGAGGAGCAGAGGAAGGUCUUGGCCCAGCAGAUCGCCAUAGAGAGGGAAGAGCUGGAGAGGGCCAAGAGCGCCUUGCUGGAGGAGCAGAAGUCCGUCAUGCAGAAGUGUGGGGAGGAGAGGCGGCGCCUGGCAGCCGAGUGGGCUGAGUUCUUCACGCAGCAGAAGCUGAGUAAGGAGCGGGCUGAGCGUGAGGCCGAACGAGCACUGCAGGUGGACACCCGGCGGGAGGGCACUCUCAUCAGCCUGGCCAAGGAACAGGGAGAGCUAAGGGUCAGGGCCAGUGAGCUCCGGGCCAAGGAGGAGCAGCUGGCAACUGAGAGGGAGGCUGUGGAUCGGGAGCGGCAGGAGCUACAGCAGGAGAAGGAGAGGGUCAGAGCCGCCAGCCUGCGUCUCCAGCGCCGUGCUGAGGAGGUGGAGCACAUGAGCCAGGUGGCCUCUAAGAAGUACCAGGAAGGUGAGCAAGCUCUGCAGGAGGCCCGGCAGUUGCAGUCUGAGCAACAGGCCCGGCUGCAGGCCGUUAGGCAGCAGCAGGAGCGGCUGCAGCAGCAGGAGCAGCAUGUACAUCAGGAGCACCUGAGCUUGGCACAGCAGAGGCUACAGCUGGACCGUGCUCGACAAGAUCUGCCCUCCAGCCUCCCAGGGCUGUUCUCAACAGGCCAGGGCCCAGCAGCCUCCAGCCUGGGUGCCUUCUCAGCUCUCGUGACUCCCGCCCCCACCACCCUUCAGGGCAGCCAGCUGCUGGCCAGCCCGGGCCCUGCGAAGCUCCUGGCCAAGUUGGUGCUGCUGAAGCACACAGCCGAGCAGGACCGGGACUUCUUGGAGAAUGAGCAGUUCUUCUUGAACGCCCUGAAGAAUGCGUCCUACAACAUGACGUCCCAUUCCACUUAACAUGGACUGCUGCCCCUCAGCGAGCAUCGGACCCUGGACUCUCCCUUGCCACGCUGCCGGGCCUGCCAGAGCCCUCCAUCCGGACAGCCUGCCUGUGUGCUCUUGCUAGCCCUGCACCUCUGGGGCUCUGACGUGCUACAGCCCCCAGGAGCUGAGGGUGCCUCAUCACAGACUUCUGGCUCCAGUCUGAGGGUCUGAGGAGGCAGCAAGCUCCACCAGCUUCAACCAUAGGCAGCCGCUUCAGGUUUAUGUGCCUGGGCCUUUUCAGAGGCAGGGGUUUUCUUGGGGGAAGUACCAUGAACAGCCUUCUACCUUCUUUGCCUGAGAGGUCCCCUCCCUAAUGGGGACAUGGACAAAGGCCUCCUGGGCAAGUGAGUGGGAGGUCUGGUGGGGGCAGGGAGGGCACCAUGCCAGAUUCUUCUCAGGGUUCAAUGAGCUCCUGGGAUUCAGCCAGCCACUCCACCCCCACUCAUUCUCGGCUCUGCCCAAGUGGCUGACCAGCUCAACAUGAACUUUGGCCUCCAGCUUCUUCCUCCUCAGUUAGGCCCUCACCAGAAGCAGGAGUAGGGAACUGUGGGUGAUGUUGGGGGUGUGGAAAUGGACAGGGAAGGAAGACAGCCAGAGCCUCUGUCCCUGGAGGGGAGAAAGGUGACCUAUAGGUCCCCAUGCACUGCUACUGCCACCUGCGCCUUUGCUGGCCUCCACACAUGUACAGGCCGUGUGCCCAGGUCAGCUGGAGGGGUACUCAAUGUACCCGGCAGACCCAGGACAAAUCAAGUCGACUAAUAAAAUUGCAGUUGCUGCUAAAAUUG